AUGUACAAAGAAGCUGGAGUUGGAGGCAAGGGCGGUCUACUAAUUGGAGUAUUCUGGGCCCAAAUCGCAUUGAGUAUCGCUCUGAUAGGCCUUCGGAUUUAUACGCGUUCCUUUAUUCGAGGGUCUGUUGGGUGGGACGAUGUCUGUCUCAUUUCGACACUGGUCCUAAACACUGGGUUCACCGUGUUUACGACUGUUGCGGCAGUUCAUGGCAUGGGGCAGCAUUAUGAAGACCUCGAGGUUCCGCAGUUCGCGCAUGCGAUGCUGUACAUUCUUAUUGGACAGGUCUUUGUUGCUCUCGCUACGGGGAUGGGUAAAGUGUCUGUCGCUAUGUUCUUGCUUCGCAUUGUUAUGAAGCCUUGGCAUCGUUGGUUUCUAUGGUUUUGCGCUGUGUCGAUGGUCAUCAUGAGUAUUUUCCUAGCCGUUACCGUCUUCGCCCAGUGUACCCCGGCCGAGUCUAUCUGGAACCCCGAGCUAGCCGAUCAGAGGGUCUGUCAUCUUAGCCUGACUAUUGUUGCUAUCACAUACUGCUCCUAUGCUGCCGCAAUGGACUUUAUCCUAGCUGGCUUCCCAUGGAUUGCCCUCCACGGCCUCAACAUGAAGCCCAAAGAACGGCGCACCAUCUGCCUGUCGCUCAGUAUGGGCGUCUUCGCUGGUAUCUGUGGAGUCUUCAGAACAACUGGAUUAACCUCUCUGAGCAACUCCAAAGAUUACCUCUACGCUAUCUCUGACUCGGCCAUCUGGACCGCCAGCGAAGUCACAGCCACCAUCGUCUGCCUCACCCUGCCAGCCUUACGCCCGCUCUACAGGAAGAUCCGAAACCACGAAUCGAGUUCCGCAGGCUAUCAACAACACGAUGACUCGAUUUACGCGAAUAACUCCGCCUAUCCUCUUGGUUCUCUUAGAGGUAACACGACUGAAGAUGGGAAGGGGGGCAACCUGACAAAGAUUGAAGCGAGCAUACUAGCUAGUAAAAACGAUAGUGACGAGGCAAUACUUCUCCAGGGCUCUACCAAAGGCAAUAUUAUGAGGACGCAGGAGGUCAGCAUCUCGUAUAGAGAGACGGGAUUGGAAGGGAAAGCUACUUCCCGGGAAGGUGUCUGA